AUGGCUUCAAAAUCGUUGCCCGCCCGCGGAGGCUCUGAUACUAAGGCCAUCGCUACCGGCCCUCCCAACCAGACACUCUACUGCACACAAUUGCCCGACAAGAGAAUUACCAAACAUGAUCUCCAAACCGCACUCUAUUGCCUGUUUUCCACAUACGGUACCGUUCUCGACGUCGUGGUCAUGAAGACCAGCGAAAUGCGAGGCCAGGCCCACGUCGUGUUCAAGGAUGUCCAAGCCAGUACACAGGCACUGCGAGCUUUACAAGGAUUCGAAUUUUUCGGAAAACAGAUGAAAAUCGUGUACGCCAAGGGACCCUCAAAUAUCAUUUCCAAACUUCGCGGCACUUUCGCUGCGCCAGUUGAAAGUGUGCCAGCCCCAACCACGACCUCCCUCCAAAAGUCUAUCUUCGGUGCUCCUCCGAGUGCCCUCCCUGCACGACCCACGACCGGUGCCAAUGGAGUAUCACAAGGAUUGAAGCGAGCGCGCGAAGAGGAAAGUGACAAUGAAGAGGCCCCAAUGGACGAAGAUAGCGAUGUGCCAAUGGAGGCUUCCUCUGAUGAGGAGUGA